GAAAACUCCCCCCCCCCCUACAGUCACAAUGGCUCCCGUUGCUGCUCGUGGUCGCAAGGCCCAGAAGGUCACCCAGAAGUAUGUCAUCAACGCUUCCCAGCCCGUGAACGACAAGAUCUUCGACCUCUCUGCUUUCGAGAAGUUCCUCCACGACCGCAUCAAGGUUGAGGGCCGUGUCGGCAACCUCGGCGACAAGGUCGUCAUCUCCCAGGCUGGUGAGGGCAAGGUCGAGGUUGUUGCUCACAUCCCCUUCUCUGGCCGCUACCUCAAGUACCUCACCAAGAAGUACCUCAAGAAGCAGCAGCUCCGUGACUGGCUCCGCGUUGUCUCCACCUCCAAGGGUGUCUACGAGCUCCGCUUCUACAACGUCGUCAACGACGAGGGCGAGGAGGAUGAGGAGUAAAUUCUCUCCUCUUAGUAGCACAAAAUAGACAACAAAAAUGCGGAGAAAGUGAUCGGACUCGGAAGUCUACUCCAUCUUUGGGGGGUCUGCGAACGCCAAUUUCUCAAUGCACUGGGCUAGGAUGGACGAGUCUGGUUAGAGAUCAUAGGUGUGCGCAUUGGGAGGGACUCCUGCCUAAACCUCUUCUGGAC